AUGGAAUGGCUAUACUUAGAAAAACAGAAGAUAGUCCCUACUGCAGAGCCGAGUCGGGAGGAGAGAUUUAAAGGGCCCGCGCGCCGCCGCCGCCUCGGCCUGGCCGCCGCCGAACCCACCGUCUACCUCAAGGAGCAGUUUCUGGACGGAGACGGGUGGACUGAUCGCUGGACUGAAUCCAAACACAAGUCAGGUUUUGGUAAAUUUGUUCUCAGUUCCGGCAAGUUCUACGGCGACCAGGAAAAGGAUCAAGGGCUGCAGACAAGCCAGGAUGCCCGCUUUUACGCCUCGUCGGCCAGAUUCGGGCCCUUUAGCAACAAGGGCCACACGGUGGUGCGGUUCACAGUCCAACACCAGCAGAACAUCGACUGAGGGGGCGGCUACGGGAAGCCGUUUCCGGAGGGCUCGCACCAGACGGACGCGCGCGGGGACUCGGAGUACAGCAUCCUGUUUGGGCCGGAAAUCCGUGGUCCUGGCACCAGGAAGGUUCCUGUCAUCGUCAACUGCAAGGGCAAGGACGUGCUGAUCGACAGGGACAUGCGUUGCAAGGUUGAUGAAUUCACACACCUGUAUACGCCGAUUGUGCGGCCGGAAAACACCUGUGAGGUGAAGAUCAGCAGCAGCCAGGUGGAGUCAGGCUCCUUGGAGGACGAUCGGGACUUCUUGCCGCCCAAGAAGAUCAAGGAUCCUGAUGCCGCGAAGCCUGAAGACUGGGACGAGCCCGAGCACAUUCCCGACCCUGAGGCUAAAAAGCCAGAGGACCGGGAUGAGGAGAUGGACGGAGAGCGGGAACCACCGGCGAUUCGGAACCCGCAGGACAAGGGCGAGUCAAGCCCCGGCAGCUCGACAACCCGGGUUACAAAGGCACUUGGCUCCACCCGGAGAUCGACAGCCCCGAGUACUCCCCUGAUAGCAACUUCUAUGCCUAUGAAAACUCCGCGGUUCUGGGCUUCGAUCUCUGGCAGGUCAAGUCUGGCACCACUUUUUUUUUUUAAUGUUUUAUUUAUUUCUAGGAGAGAGAGAAGGAGUUUGGAAACGAGACCUGGGGUGUCACGGGGUGUCACGAAGGCGGCGGAAAAGCAGCUGAAGGCCAAGCAGGACGAGGAACAGAGGCUAAAGGAGGAAGAGGAGGAGGCAGAUGCUGCCACUGGCCAGGACAAGGCCGAGCUGUAG